UAUAGAGUAGCUACAAGGAACAGGAUUUAUGCUACGCGCCCCGUAAAGACCGCUGUGUAUAAAGAAAUAACCCACGGAUAACGUUUCGUCUCCUCGCACGGGCUUCGUGUCCCCUCGUGAGACCAUCUCAUUUUCUGCGUCAUCUGAUCGAGAGCUAAUUAUGGUCUCCACCGCGAAAAUCUUCAACGUCACCGUACCGCAGAAGGAUGAUCUCUGCUGCGCGAUCUGCAAGAUCGUGAAUUCCGAAAACAAUUCUAUCAUCUAUUCCAACUACUGCGGGAACAAGCUCAAGUGUCGGCAAUUUCUCCGAGAGACCCCUCACGCGAUGGCCGCGCCGAUAGUUAAUCGAAAACUCCUCGAGACCGGCGGUUCUCUUUACGUCAUCGUCGCCAAGGACUUUUUCAAGAGCUGCACCUUCCGGGACCACUGUGACGCCCUCAACAUACAGGUGAUGAAUCUACUCGACCCAAUGCCGACUUACGUUUACAAGACGUGCCUACUUUUCACCGUGGAGCAUAAGCUGGCACCGCAGUGGAACAAAGUCGGGCUAUACCUCGUCGAGGGACGAGAUUUUCUCAGCUCGACGGGAAGCGUCAAUGCGAUCACGCUAAACAUCAAAGACAUCCGCGAUAACAGCGCUCAGCUUCAAGUGGAAGCUGUAAAUCUUAAAAUACCAUUCUUAAGACUGAAUACUACGCGUUCUUUGCAACAUGACGUGCAGCCACCAGUACGCGUCCUACCGAGCUUGAAAAUGGCGAACGUAUUGAGUACGUCGACAGAAAUUAAAGAAAACCACUUGUACAAGGAUUACGAAAAUCUGCGGGCGUAUUGGGAAAAUAUGCACGGGUACAUAUUACCAGAUUAUAAGGAAGGACUCUUAUUUUACGAUAUCGAGUUCUUCUACUUCAAGUCGAGCGUUUUCGUAUAUCCUGAAACGUGCUUAACCUCAGGACUUCCAGAAAUUCUUCCGCUUGUAAUGGAUCCAGUAUCCAGGAUUUAUAAAUUUGCUGGAGAUCUAAGAGGAAGCGUAACAAAAUUAUGCGGGCAGCAAUUGGAUGUGUGCCCGAUGGAUACGUAUCAAGCAGCUGUUCUAGCGUGCACACCGAUAUUAUCAAGGGUUGAUAGAUUUUCAGCCUGCGAUACUGGAUACGGUACUCGAUCAAGAAAGUCCAGCAGUGUGACACCUUUGUCUCGGUCAUUUGAUACAUGCGAUAUUCCCACAAAACGAUCGCGAUUAUCACUACCAAAGGUUAAUGAUUCUCUUGCGUUCAAGACUGACAAUGAGACCGAUGAUUUCAAUUUUGGAAAUGGUCCAACGUGUACCACGAGCAACUUUGAUAAGUUGCUUAAAACUGCUGGUAGUAUUUCGAUGGCGUUAUUUAACGCAGAUAGUGCUGUGGCCAGCAAACCAAUCAUACAAGAAAAUGAGAGCAAAUCGCAUUAUUUUAAACAAGAAUCUGAAAACAAAUCUUUCAUGGAGCUGACGGACCAAGAAGAAAAACCCGGUAAACAAAGUCUAAAGGAAAAAUUGUUAAAGAAUUUUUAAGGAAAUAUUUCUCGAUUUGCCACAUCAAUUACAAUUAGAUGUCAUUACUCUUUUCUUUGUUAAAUCUUUAAAAUAUAAUUAUAGCAUAAGAACAAUUGGUAUAACAAAAAAAAUGCUCUCGAUAGAACAAUUAGAGCGUCAACUUUAAAAAUUAUAAUAAAUAAAUCGGAAUAUAAAUUAAAAUUAUAGAUUAUAAAUUAUUUAUUUCUCAGAACGUAAAAAGAUUAUAAAGCAAAA